CUUGUAAGGCUAUAAAAAGCCUAGCUUGAUUACACUUCAAUAUAUGAAAAAAACGAAUAGCUUUGCUUCUUCUUUUAGUCUAAAUACAUAGAAUUAUACUUUGUUCUUCAUUGGCUUGAUCCAACACGACUCCCAAGUCUGGAUCUCCAACGAAGUUGUUUACCAAUGCUACAACCGGAAAGGGGCCGUGACCUCACAAGAUUGGGCGUCUACAACUUGGACCGAUUUCAGCAUUUACAACCCCUACACUUUCUCUCAUGAAAAUAAGUUCACUGUUGUCGGGUGCGACGACGAUGGUACCUUGGCCAGAGACAACCUCGGAAAGAUGAAGAGGACCGCACAAGUCUGCUCCGCCUCUUGCGACAAGCCGGAGGAUGUGAUUGGCGGAAGCUGUGAAGGUACCAACGGCUGCUGCGAAUACACGCUCCCCAAGGGAUCCAAGUAUUAUAGCUUAGUUAGAUUGGAAUCCCAGUCCAACCAUACUCAGGUCUGGUCCGGUAACCGUUGCGGGUACGCGUUUAUUGGGGAGACCGGCAAGUUUAACUUCCGGGGCUUCGAUGACCUUAAGGAUCCGAAUUUUAUACAGAGGGUCAUGGAAACCGUUCCGAUUGUACUGGAUUGGGCUAUUGGGAUUCUGAGAUGUAAGGUCGCUAAUAACAGCGAUGAUUAUGCGUGCAAGGAGAAAAGUCAAUGCGUUGACGUUGACAAUGAUUCCGGAGGUUACCGUUGUAGGUGUGACAAUGGUUAUAUGGGCAAUCCUUAUAUCUCUGACGGCUGCAAAGAUAUUGACGAGUGUACAGAUCCAAAUCAUGAGCAUCAAUGUGAAAUGAACUGUACAAACACGCCUGGAAGCUAUACAUGCUCUUGUCCGGAUGGGUAUCAGAUUGUAGGCGAUGGUAAAAAGAGAAUUAAUGGUGGGGUUGGUUGUCUUGCACCAGUUCCACCUAAGAAGUCGGAUUUCCCCCUCUGGAUCAAAUUUGCGUGUGGUUUGGGGAUCAGCUUUUUGUCUUUGGUUGCGGGACUAACAUGGCUAUACUUCUUUAAGAAAAGAUUGGUCAUACGACUUCGAAAGAAAUUCUUCCAACAAAAUGGUGGUUUAAUCUUGAACCAAAGAAUAAUAACCAUAGCAGACGGUGUCGGAGUAGAUGUGGCAAAAAUCUUCACCGCCGAGGAGUUGAAAAGAGCCACCAACGACUACUCAAGUGACCGUGAACUCGGUCGUGGAGGAAACGGCAUCGUUUACAAGGGCAUCAUGUCUGACAAUCGCGUAGUCGCCAUCAAGAAAUCCAAAACCAUGGACAAGAGACAAAUCGAAGAAUUCAUCAACGAGGUGAUGAUCCUCACUCAAGUCAACCACCGAAAUGUGGUCAAACUUAUAGGUUGUUGUCUCGAGGUCAAAGUUCCGAUAUUGGUCUAUGAAUACGUCUCCCACGGCACUCUCUACGAGCAUAUCCACUCACAUGGUGGCAGCUCCGAUUGGCUUUCAUGGGAAACACGGUUAAGAAUAGCCGCAGAAACUGCCGGUGCACUCGCCUACCUCCAUUCAUCUGCAGCAAUACCUAUAUUCCAUCGAGAUGUAAAAUCAACAAAUAUAUUAAUAGACGGUAAUUACGUCACAAAAGUUUCGGAUUUUGGCGCAUCGAGAUUAAUCCCUUUGGACCAAACCCACAAAGCCACUUUGGUCCAAGGGACAUUCGGGUAUUUGGACCCAAAAUACUUUCGCACGGGUCAAUUGACUGAAAAGAGUGAUGUGUAUAGUUUCAGAGUCGUUAUAUGUGAGCUUUUGACUGGAAUGAAACCGGUUUCGAGAGAAACAAGCGAGUGGAGGAAUUUGGCGGCGUAUGUGGUAAUAUCAAUGGAUAAGAAUCAAUUGUUGAAUAUUUUGGAUCAACGCGUUUUGCAGGAAGCGGUAUUGGAACAAGUGGAGAGAGUUGCAGAGCUUGCAGUGAGAUGCCUUCAAUUGAAUGGCAAAGAUAGGCCUACAAUGAAGGGAGUGGCGAUGGAGCUUGAAAGGUUGAGAAAUUUUAAUAAAAACCAACAUAGUGAUGAUGAUGUUAUUGUUGUUGGUCAAAUGGAUGAUGAAGAUGUGUCUUCAUCAGCGUCAGACCUUUAAAUGCUCCAUUUCAAUUUUACGCCAUGUUUUGCUGUUUCCAAAAUUAGAUUUUCCAUUAAUCCUACAUAGUAAAGAAUUUCCCACAUAAAUUUU